UAACAAAAUGGCGGCGGCCAUGUGUGGUCGUGUUGAUAUGACUUCGAGGGUUUGUGAACGCUUGUUGAAGGUAUCUCGUAGGCACAGCAGUUUGGUUCACCAAAAUGCAGUGGUGGAACAAGAAAGCCAAGACCUUUACCCACCUGUCAGACCCAAGUUCCCCGAGGGUAGCUGGGGAGCAAUGGAUAAGCGCCAGGCGUGGAUCUGGCGAGGCAAAAAGGACAAGUUGUCGAAUAUCCCGUCAGUGACGGGCAGGAUUGACAUGAUCACCAAGAAAAAAAUGACCAUGUGGAAAUACAAGAUAGCGGAAAGAUACCCCCGAGUUUUGCCGUAUCAGCAGUAUGCUACCAAAACUCACCUUGUGAAGGGGUUGCCAAGUUUGUACUCUUCCCUUGAAGUGGAUGAAGUUGUUAAAAAAAUAAAACCAAGUGUUAUUGACACACUUUGUUUAGAAAAUGAAACACUUGUUAGGGACAAAUUAAUUUCAAAGGCUUCUCCAUGGGAAAGGCCGGUACUUAGCUCGCAACUAAUGCUGAAAAGUUUGCUCAGUACUCUCUCAACAUGUCUUUCAGCUGAUUGUGAUCAUCUAAACACUGCACAGUUUGAUGAAAACGUGCGAGUAGAGGCAUUUUGGGAUCGACAUGGAUUUAGCCGUCAGAAAGUAAUAGACAAUGACGAGGAUAAUAAGAAAUUUUUGACAGUUGAUGAAAGUCGAUUACAGGCUUGUCAGCGAGCAGAUUUUGUCAUCAGGAGUGAAAACCCACUGCCAGAGUUUUUGUCCCGGGAUGAUGAGUUUUGUCAGACAGCAGGCUAUCCUGAGCUGGAGUAUCAUCCCGUAACAUAUGGACAGAGCUUUGCGCAUAAGCUUCAGCCUUCAGUUGUUGCUGGGCACUGGGUUGGUGACCCAUGUGAAUUUGGCUUGCUGACAGUAUGUACGUCCAACGAAGUGCAUGAGGUUGGCCAACAGUUUGGUGAUGUUCAUAGUCAGCAGCUUUUAACAGGCAUGGGGAUGAACACCUCAUUUACAAGACUUGUAGCUGAGGCUUACUACCAAGGUUUCAGCUCUGCAAUAGAUGUCACAUACCCAUUUACAACUCAAACCAUUUUGAGUGAUGGCCAACAUUUUGCUUUUUUUGCGUACCAGCUGAACACAUUAGAGCUGUGGAAAGAUGAUGAUGGCAACCCACUGAGGAACAUCUGUUGGCACACUCCAGAGAUGAAACUGUACGACUCCGUCGAGGCAGGAGAAGUGAAAGGUUUCAAUGACAAUGUUCUCAAACACAUAGUCAAGUUUCUUCUGUUGAAGCCUGGGAGACCGGGUGUAGAGCUCCGACCUUCAUUACCAGCAGGGGAGCCUGCGCCCAGAGAGACCACCACUUACAUUAAUGAUAAACAAGUGGUGGUCGUUGUCGAGGAAGAAGAAAAAUAUGUGUAACUGUUGUGCUUUCAUCUUCUAUGUUAUACAGUGGGGAAGUCAUACAUGAUGGCAUGUUUAUGUAUUAAGGCAAAACCUUACCAACAGUGACCAAGAUGGAAGAAAACAUUAUAAGCAAUGUACUGAGAGGAAAAAUUAGAAUUUCUUUUACAGAAUAAUAGCCUACUGUUGCCAUAAUUGUUUUCAGUUAAUGUGGUUCACAGCAACAAAUAUGAUACUGAGUGAAAUUCUAGCAUUUGGAGUUGUCAUUGUCAUUCUAUUUCAAAUUACAUGCUUUCCUUUGGUGUAAUUCCCAUAUUUCUUCCCAGCAGCAUAUUGUUGGUAUGCUAUAGAUCAUGUGAAACAAACUGUUAAAAUAUGCCUUUCUGUCCAUCUGUCUAUUAGGGGAACAUGCUGAAGUGGGAAAGCAAUUUUGCCAUGAAUGAGUUGUUCUCAGUUUAGUAAUCAGACUAGUGUUGUCCUGGCUGUCAGUGACUUGUGAGUAUUCCAGGAAGACUUGAAGCAUGCACUGAAGUCAGAUGUCAUCCUGUGACAUGGGUGUCACAGUGCAUGGUGGGUGGUGUUGCAGUCCGGAGUAGAGACUGCUUGAUAUAGGAGUGUUGUGUGUGCGACACCUGUGAUGUGGAGUGAUAGUGCUAUACAUGUAUUAUGAGGAUCAGUACAAGUGUGUUUGUUUGUAUAUGGAACACUUAAUAAACAAGUUAUUAUAAC